AAAUUUAUUAUACUUUUUUUCUCUUAAUGAAUUCUAGUUUGUAGAAUCUCAAUUGAUUGUGUGAAUCUCUUAUUUAUUUAUUUAAAAUGAACGACAAAAAUAAAUUGUGUAAACCAUUCGCAUGGUUUAAAUCACAUUUAGCAAUUCUAAACUGGUUACCAUAUUAUUCGAAAAAUGAUUUUUUGGCUGAUACAAUAGCUGGAUUUACGUUAGGUUUAACAGUUCUACCACAAAGUAUGGCUUACGCCGGUUUGGGUGGUUUAAAACCACAAUUUGGUUUAUAUUCAUCAUUUAUGGGAUCCUUUAUUUAUGCAUUUUUUGGAACAAUAAAAGAAGUUUCUAUUGGACCAACCAGUUUAAUGGCAAUUUUAGCUGUUGGAUAUACUAGAGAUUUACCUGUUGAAUUUAUGAUUCUACUUACAUUCUUAUGUGGAUGUGUUCAAUUUUUAUGCGGCAUAUUUAAAUUAAGUUUUUUGGUUGACUUUAUAUCAUUACCAACUGUUUCGGGAUUUCAGUCAGCAACGUCUGUUACAAUCAUUGUGUCACAACUAAAGUAUAUAUUUGGUAUAAAAUUUAAGUCAUCCAGUAUUGCGAAUGAUUUGUAUAAUUUAUAUAAUCAGUUUUCUGAAUUAAAAGUAAACGAUACAAUUUUAGGAAUUUUUUCUAUAAUUUUUUUGUUAUCACUUAGAAAGUUGGGCAAUCUUAACAUUAGUAAGGACAAACAUAAACUAAAAAAAAGUUUGUGGCUAAUAUCAAUUAGUCGAAAUGCUUUGGUUGUUAUAAUAUGUAGUCUAUUAGCAUUCUUCACUGAAUCGAAUGGGAAAUUUUUAUUUACAGUUACAGGAAAUGUAACUCAAGGAUUGCCAGCAUUUACGGUUCCAAAAUUUCACUUAAGUUAUGAAAAUCAUGAAUAUUCAUUUCUCGAUAUGUGCAAAAAAUUGGAUUUUGGUAUUAUAGUUGUUUCGCUUGUUGCAAUAUUAGGAAAUGUGGCUAUAGCAAAAGCAUUUGCAUCUGGAAAAAUUGUGGAUUCUAGUCAAGAAAUGAUUACUUUAGGAAUGUGUAACAUCUUUGGAUCGUUUGUUCAAUCAAUGCCAACUUCUGGAGCGUUUACAAGAUCUGCGGUUAGCAAUGCAAGUGGCGUUAGAACUCCAUUAUCUGGCAUAUUUUCUGGAACUUUAGUGGUAUUAGCUUUAGUAUAUCUCACGCCAUACUUCUUUUACAUUACAAAGCCCACUUUGGCAGCAGUUUUAAUAAGCGCCGUUAUAUUUAUGAUAGAUUUUAAUAUUUUAAAACCCUUGUGGAAGACGAGCAAACUAGAUUUUUUUACGACAGUCAUUACUUUUAUUCUAAGUUUAAUGUAUGGUGUUGAAAUUGGUUUACUCGUUGGAACUUUAAUAAAUAUUGUAAAUUUAUUGCGAUUAUGGGCUCGUCCAAAAAUUAAUUAUGAUAUUUAUGAGACUGAUACUGGACGGAAAUAUAUUAAAAUUGUACCAUCAAUUGGAUUGUUUUAUCCAGCGGUUGAUUAUUUACAAACAGAAAUUUCAAAAAUUGCUUUACAAACAGAUCAUGAAGAUUUAACAAUUUUAAUUGAUUGUAGAAGUAUUUUGUCAACAGAUUAUACAGCUGUUAAAGGUAUUCAAGCUAUCAUCAAAGAUUUUGAAAAUCGAAAUCAGAAAUUAUUGUUUACAAAUAUAAAUUCAACAGUCAAAGAAAUUAUUGAAAAUUUGCACCAAGUGAAGAAUUACGCAAGUACUGAAUCGAAAAUAUACAAUUUAAUUGACGAGAAUGAAUUGAUAUCAGACGAAAGAGAUUAG